UCCCUUUCCCUAUUCCCUUUCCCUAUUCCCUUUCCCUAUUCCCUUUCCUCCUUACCGUUUCUUCUUUCUAGGAACAUUAUUGUGAAUACCUAGGCAGAUUUUGAUAAUGAUGUUAGUAGAGUCGUGGUAUUGUCAAUUUUCUUGCGUUUCCAGUCACAACGCCCGAAUUGUGAAUUGGGAAUCUUCUGCGCGAAACAAUUAUACUGUACAAAAUUACAAUACCGAUACUCGCAUUAGGUACUAGGCAAUUAUUUCGAUUCUAAAGUUCCUUGGAAUUCAACCGAAUCAUAGACUUUCUUUGUCAAUUGAAGACACGGCAUCCUAGACCAAUCAAGGAGUACUCAUUACAGUACGGCUUUAGGGUUAAGUCUCUUCUUCGUUCACGAUAGUAGAGCCCCGUCAUCAUGGCAUCAUCGAAGUUUACCUAGUCCAAUGCGACUAGGUUGUUCCAUGAACUACGAAGCUCUGCAAAUUUUAGAGUCAUGGUAAGGUGGUGAGGUCAUUAUCUGGAGGCGUGUGCCAUUCUCCCCAAACCCCUCCCUAUGGUUUAUAAUAAGUGAAAUGUACUAUUGUGUGACUAUUCCGAUAGAUCAUAACGUCCACUAUACCGGCAAAGUCUUGAAAAGAUAGUCAAGGUAUUGUUUGACAGCAGCUCUAACUCGAAAACAUGGCACCGUCUGUAGAUACAUCAUUCGCUGGCCAUGUGGCCAAUCAGUUCACCUCAUAUGAACAGGAUCGCCAAAUGUCCUCGAAGGAAGCACUCUACGCCACCAGUAAUGGCGUUCCUAUGCCACAUCCUUACGAAACCCAGCGGGUAGGCGAAAAUGGACCGCUUCUUCUACAGGAUUUCCAUCUAGUCGACCUACUUUCCCACUUCGAUCGCGAACGGAUUCCCGAACGCGUAGUCCACGCUAAAGGUAGCGGUGCUCAUGGCUUUUUCGAAUGCACCGACCCCAUCCCCGAGCUAUGUUCCGCUGAUAUCUUCUCAACCAAAGGGAAGAAAUGUCCUGUUUCGGCACGAUUCUCAACCGUCGGAGGGGAGUCCGGGUCUCAUGAUUGCGCUCGUGACCCCCGGGGGUUCGCCGUCAAAUUCCGUACCGAUGAUGGUAACUGGGACCUUGUCGCCAACAAUACGCCCGUCUUCUUCCUACGAGACCCGGCUAAGUUUCCGCACUUCAUCCAUACACAGAAGCGAGACCCCUCGACACACUUAACACAUGCCGAUGACUCUACCAUGUUCUGGGACUACCUCUGUAACAAUCCCGAGAGUGUCCACCAAGUCAUGAUUCUCAUGGGCGAUCGAGGUAUCCCGGACGGGUAUCGAUUUAUGCAUGGUUAUUCGGGCCAUACUCUCAAGUUAGUUAAUAAGCAGGGUGGUUGGGUUUACACUCAAAUCCACUUUAAGUCUCUACAGGGUACCAAGUUUAUUACCCAGGAAGAUUCGAACAAUAAAUCGGCAGACUAUUCGCAGAAAGAUUUAUACGAGGCCAUCCAACGUGGGGAAUACCCAAAGUGGACCGUUGAGAUCCAGACUAUGACCCCGAAACAGGCCGAAGAAGUUUGGGAGAAACAAAGAAUCAACGUUUUCGACCUCACCCACGUCUGGCCGCAGGGUCAAUUUCCUCGAAGUAAAGUUGGCGAGUUUACUCUGAACGAGAAUGCUGUUAAUUACUUCGCGGAGAUUGAACAACUUGCUUUCAACCCAGCCCAUAUGCCACCCGGCAUCGAACCUUCUGCCGAUCCGGUCCUUCAAUCACGCUUAUUCUCCUACCCUGAUACCCACCGACAUCGUAUCGGUGUAAACUACCAGCAACUUCCAGUCAAUGCCGCACGAACGGGCUUCAAGUUUGGCAAUUUCCAGAGAGAUGGGUCUAUGGCUUUUUAUAACCAAGGCGCACGACCAAACUACCUAAGCUCAAUCGAUCCAAUCCAGUUCCGAAACCGUUCAAUCGACCUAGAUGAGACGCAUGGCCAUUUCACAGGGGAGGCCAUUACCUUCUUAUCGGAGAUCCGACCCGAAGACUUCAACGCUCCUAGAGCCCUCUAUCGCAAGGUAUGGGACGAACCCGCCCGUGCAAGAUUCAUCAGCAACGUCGCAGGGAAGAUGGCAGUCUGCAAGGAGCCCGAGUUUAUCAAGCGGCAAAUCGCUAUAUUCCGAGAAGUCGACCCCGAGAUUGCAGCGCGUCUUGAGAAGGCAACGGGUAUUAAGGGAUAUGAUAAUAUCUCGAAUAUGAGGUUCAAUGGUACUCAUAACGGGAUGACGAAGGAUGCGAAGUUGCGAUAUGCUAAUGGUGUGAGUGCGACGAAGGGGAAGAGUGUUACGGCUAAUAAUGGUGCACCGUCCAGUGGAGUUCAUAAGGGUUUGAAUGGUGAUAGUGUAGGUGGGAUGAACGGAGUUCAUAGGUGAAAAGGCGCCUAGGAAUUGUAUCCAAGUUGGAAUAGAUGUUUACAUAGUAAGGAAUAAUAUGAACUAUAUUUUAACCCCCG